AAAUUAAUAUCCAAAACAGGUUACAGCGUUUCUUUCUCUACAUUAAUUGUAGCCUUUUUAAUAUUGGCUUCUAUCAGGAAAUUGAGAUGCCCAAGAAACAGUUUGCAUAUGCAUCUUUUUCUUUCCUUUAUCAUGAGAGCGUUAAUGUUUUUUCUGAAAGAUAGUCUUUUUAUCGAAGGUGUUGGAUUUUCUUCAAACAUUGGAUAUUCCGAGGAUAAUUUUUCUCUUUUUCGUCACGAGAAAAAUAAUAUCGAUUGCAAAGUAUUUACUAGUUUCUGGCAAUACUUCUUGAUGGCAAAUUACUGUUGGAUCUUAAUCGAAGGUCUUUACCUUCAUAAUCUUAUUUUCCUGUCGAUAAAAUCCGAUAAUCUCUAA